AUUUAAGCAAACUAAGUUUGACGUUUUCAUUUUCCUCUGAACGUUAACGGUUGUGUUAAGAAUUCAAAACAUUGUAGAAUCCGUGGAAUUUAGAAAUAAAUAAAAGUAUUUCUAGUUUGUGUAUUUAUUUGGACGACUUUAAUAACGGUUAUAUAAAUAUAUCAAAAUGGAAGAUCAGCUGCAUAUACCUCAAGUGAAAAUUUCGUAUUUACAGUCCAGGGAUCCGAGUAUUAUAAGUUGGAAUAGGCUCGAAAAAGUUAGAGCUAAUUUACAUUUUUCUAGUGACGAAAGUACAGUGCCUUCACUGCCUCUACCUGAUAAAGUAAAGGAAAAACACGUUGAUGUAUAUUUACGCAUCAAAGGUGGUGUAGAAUGCAGUGAUAUAUAUGCAAUCGAGGAAGAAGACACAUUUGUUUGUGAACUUCCCGAAACUUCAACCACAAUUUCUGGCAAUAAAAAUGGUGUUCAAACAGCUGAAAAAUACAAGUUUACAAAAAUAUUCAAUUCAGGCUGUACACAAGAAGAAAUAUUUCAUGCCACAGUCAAGGAAAAGAUAUUAAAUUUCAUCAAUGGUGAAAAUAGCACUUUAAUGGCCUAUGGCACUUCGGGAUCAGGUAAAACGUUCACUUUAGUUGGUACAACUGAAGAACCGGGAAUUAUUCCCAGAGCUUUAAAAUAUUUAUUUCAUUCCCUUCCUACAUUGGAACAAUUUCCUCAAGCUAAGCCACUGCCAAAUGGAAAUGCAGUAAUAUUGGAUAAUACACAGAAACUGAUUGAAAAACAGCAGUCUCAAAGCAUUUUGAAAGACUUACAUGCAUACAAAGACCAUCUGUUACACGAAAAAGCCUUUAGUGCUAUGCAACAAAGACUGAGUAGAGAUCCUGUAGCCAUAGUGGAAAAUUUAACUCCUAUUAUAAAUAUCUGGGUGUCACUUGCUGAGAUCUACAACGAACAAAUAUUCGAUCUACUUAAUACACCAAUAAAAGGCCAACAAAGACCCAGAUUAAAAAUAGGGGGACUACACAAUAAUACCUACAUUAAAGACUUGAAAUUUAUAAAUGUUCGAUCUGGUCUAGAAGCUUACGAAGUGUUACAGUACGGCCUGCAAAAUAGAAAUAGGGCGUCUACAGUUGUUAAUAUGCAAUCUAGUCGUUCUCACUGUAUAUUUUCUAUAAAACUGGUCCAGGGUUACGAUGCAGACAAUCUCCUAGUUUCUAGUUUCAAUUUUUGUGAUUUGGCUGGCUCCGAACGAUUGAAGAAAACAAUGAAUGUGGGAGAUAGGCUGAAAGAAUCGAACAGUAUUAAUAAUUCUCUAAUGGUUUUAGGAAGAUGCAUAACAAUGGUAAGAGAUGGUCAAUAUAAAAAAGAAAAUAAGAUGCCUCCUUUUAGAGAAUCCAAACUCACGCAACUUUUCCAGAGGGCGCUCAUUGGCAAAGAAGAUAUUCAACUCAUGGUCAAUGUAAAUCUAUCAAAGGAUAUGUUUCCAGAAACGCAACAUACAUUGAACUUCUCUGCGAUGGCCAAAGAAGUGAUUAUUGAUCAGGCACCAGUAAAAGUGUUGAAUUCUAGCAGAUUUUUGGACAAAGACUUUGAUGAAGAAGAUACUAGGGAUGAAGAACUUGAUGAAUUAAGAGACCGUCUUGCAGAGGUAGUCUUGCAACUAUCUGAAGAAAGACAACAGAACCAACAGAGGCAAGAAGAAGCAAUAGAAAGAGAAAGACAGCAUUUAAUUAAUACAUACAAAGAAAUAAUCAACAUCAAAGACAAGCAAAUUGAAACAUUGAAAAGAGAAAACGAAAUACUUUUGAAGGAAAAACGUGAGAGAGAGAAAGCGCAUUUACAAUCAUUUUUUGUGGUUAGCAGUGGGUCUGAGAGUGACUUUGAAGAUGAACUGGGAGUGACUGAGAGUGACUCAUAAUGACGCUAACGGCGAUGGCAUAGAUAAAGAUGACUUGUAAGCACUUUGUUUUUAAGAUUAAAUUAUGUAUAUUCAGUUUUAUUUGUUGUUGUGUUAUGUACAAAGUCAAUGGCGGUUCGUCAGGGCCGUAUUUUCCUACAAAUUUAUUUUUUAGAUUAAAUUAUAUUUUAUUUUA